GCCUACGUAACUUGAAUGGAAGUACUUGAGCAUCUACAAGUUCUUAUUCCUAAGCAAAAUAAUUGUGACGCCUCUGGUUGGUUCCAGUCCUCCUUUCGCACUACCCGUAUCUCCAUUCUCCAUAUAUUAUAUCUCUCUCAACCCCGCCUUCUCACCAUAAUUCUCUUUCCCCAGACUAUCCAUCUUCUUUCGGCUGCCACAUUUUGCAGGUGAAUUCUUCCGCUCGAUUUUGUAAUCGACAGAAGACUCAUGGACGAUCAUUGGCAUUCGCCCUUAUCGCGAUCGCGUUGAGGACUCUGGUCGAUUGACCACUGUCUUCCAGCGCUCGCUACGAACAAUACCUUCCAUUAUGCCUGUUAAGCCUGGUCAACAUGAUAUGAUCAACCAACAACAACUACUACUUCUUCACCAAGAAAGAUCGAAGGCGCAGAAGAAAUGGCUGAAGCAAUACCGAACAGAAGUUGCUGCGUCAGUCAGCAGCAUCUGUUCUACUUUCUGCGCAUUUCCAUUGGACUCAGUAAAAACGCGAAUGCAAACAUACAAAUAUAACAACUUUACGGAUUGUGUCCGACGCACAUAUCAAACGGAGAAAUUACGAGGAUUCUUUCGUGGUGUUGCGGCACCUUUAGCUUCAGUAACUCUGGUCCGAACAAUAUCUUUCUCGGUCUAUCAGCGUUCGAAGUACACCUAUUCAGCUUGGUUCAAGAGAAAUUUUGACGUCGACCCAUUGGUACAUAUUAAUACAUUUGGAACAUAUCCUACCCUUGCAACUGUUGCUUGUUUUGGCGCUGCUGGCGCCACAGCUGGAUCGUUCAUAACGCUUGUAGCUUGUCCCUUCGAGUUGACGAAGCUUAGUGCUCAAGUAUCGGUAUUGAUGGCUACUAAACGGCAAACGAGUCUUUCUGAUCCUGUCAGAAAUUCGCCGAUGCAGAAUGCGACUGCAGCAAGCUAUAAAGACAAGGGAACAUUUAAAACCGCUAUGAACAUUGUCAAGAAUCGGGGAGUGUCAGGACUUUAUUCUGGAUUUAACCUUCACCUUCUUCGGGACACACUAGGAACUGCUAUUUACUUCAUGACUUACGAGAGUUGUAAGCAACUCUUGACUACAUAUACAGGGUCUAAAGGCUCAACGAGUCCCUUUGCUGUUGUUGUCGCUGGCGGUUUCUGUGGCGUAGCGAGCUGGGCUUUGAUUUACCCAAUCGACUCUGCUAAAAGCAUUUACCAACGGAAUUGUCUCACUUGCUGCAAAGGCGAGACAGUUCAAAAGGCACCAAAAAUUAGAUUUUUCGACAAGAAAAUGUACCGAGGCUUGGGUGUAUCCAUGGGCAGAUCCUGCGUUGUAAACUCAAUUUUCUUCUCGGUAUUUGAAUUCAUCAAGAAAAAUGUAAAUGCAAUUCCAGAUUGAUGGAGCAUCUGGAGAUGGAGGUACAGGUUUUGUAAAUAUCCUUUUUUUGUAUGGCAAUUUGGCGAUGCACAAGCAUUAAGGAAAUGGAGUUUUAAGGGAGCAUAUAGGCUAAGGUCAAGUCUGCAUGGAAUAAGGAGAAUUAUCCGAACUUUAAGUUUGAUAUGAAGACACUCGAAACGAGCCAGGUUUGUUAAAUAAAUGGAUGACAAUAGUAGGAGACUGAAUGAAGGUUAUGCAUUCGCCGAGUCUUAGGCUGGUAGUUGAUAAUGAAUAUAAACAAUUUUUCUUGAAACUA